UUGUUCCAAUCAUGCCUUCCAUACCCAAGAGCAACAAAACGAAAGAAGGGGCUAUUAUCUCGGCCACAACUAAGGAUGAUAUCGAAGUUGGUCAAAUGUCCUCGCUGGACGAGGCCGAGCUAUUCCUCCAAGAUCACGGUGUUACCAACUCGCAGUUACAGGAGAUGUUGAAUGAUUCCGACAAAUCUAGUAAAUUGAGAAGAAAGGUCGACUUAAUCCUUCUUCCGCUUCUAUGUGGGACAUAUGCAUUGCAGUACAUCGACAAGCAGGCACUUUCGUAUAGUGCUGUAUUUGAUCUGUUCAGCGACGCCCAUAUUGACAGCAAUCAAUAUAGCUGGCUCGUCAGCGUCUUCUACUUUGGAUACCUCUUCUGGGAAUACCCAGCCAGUCAUCUUGCCCAAAGGCUUCCGAUCGGAACUGUGAUCUCGUCGUUCGUAAUUUGCUGGGGAUCAAUGCUAAUGAUCACUGCCGCUUGUAAUAACUUCACGGGGUUGGGAAUUACACGAUUCCUAUUAGGCUGCUUUGAGGCCCCAAUCACCCCAUGCUUCAUGAUGAUUGUCGCAAUGUGGUAUACACGCCAGGAACAGCCCUUCCGGGCGGGAUGCUUCUACUGCUGCAAUGGCGUUGGUUCCAUGCUCGGAGGCCUUGUCACAUUCGCCAUCGGCCAAAUAAACAGCUUCCCAGUCUGGCGUGCAGUCUUCCUCAUUUGUGGUGGCGUAACCGUCAUCUGGGGGAUAAUAUUAAUGCGCUUCCUCCCCAACAGCGUCCUAUCCGCCAAACCCUUCUCGACCGAAGAGAAGAUCCUCCUUGUGGGGAGAGGAAAGCGAAACCAAACAGGUAUCCUCAACCGCUCCGUGAAAUGGUACCAAAUUCGCGAAGCCUUCAUCGACCCGCAAGUUUGGCUCUUAUUCCUCUUCACCCUCCUCAACGAAACUAUCAACGGAGGCACCGCAAAUUUCGGCAAACUCAUCAUCAAAGGCCUCGUCUCCAGCCCCCUCCUCACAACCGCCCUCGGCAUCCCCCAAGGCGCUUUCCAAGUCCUCUUCAUCCUCUCGGGCUCCUACCUCUCCACUCGCUUCAAGAACAUCCGCACAAUAAUCAUGAUCCUCUAUCUCGUUCCUACAGUCAUCGGAAUCAGCCUCCUUUGGCAACUCCCCCGAACAAACCGCUACGGCGUCCUAUUCGGCUACUACAUCCUAGGGUCCUACGUCUCCUCCCUCGUUCUAUCCCUCCAAAUGCCCUCCAGUAACAUGGGCGGCUAUACGAAGCGCGUAACAGCCACCGCCUUCGUUUUUCUGGCCUACUGUAUCGGGAAUAUUAUCGGGCCGCAUGCGUUUCUGGCCAGAGAGGCGCCGGUUUAUCAGACGGGGUGUAGGAGGAAUAGGAGGAGGGAGGAGCGGAUGCGCGGUUCUGGGGAUGGUGAUGGGGAGGGUGAGAGGGAGGAUGUCAUGGCUGAUUUGACGGAUUUUGAGAAUUUGGAGUUUCGGUAUGUUUUGUGA